UUUCUCACCACGUAGCAGCAUUAGUUACCAAGGUGAUGUUUCUGGGAACACAGAGGGAAUAAGGACGUGCUGAAAAUUUGGAUUGAUCAAAUCAUACACAGGUGUGAUGGAGCCUGCAUUUUCCUCUUUAUCUGGAUACUUUGUGGCCAUUCUUCUCUUACAGAUAACAGUACUCACCUCAGAGCAGUUCACUGUGAGUAGCUCUAGGAAUCACCACGUGGUCAUGGUCGGCAGCCAGGCUGAGCUCAGCUGCCGGCUGUCCCCACCACAGAAUGCACAGCUCAUGCAGGUGGGCUGGUUUCGGGAUCCCCAUUCCCAAAUGAUUUACCUGUAUGAAGAUGGGGAAGAACACCCUGGAGAAGGCGUUCAGAACUACACGAAUCGCACAGUGUUCCUGAAGGAUGCACUAGAAGAAGGCAAAAUUACCCUCCAGAUUUACAACGUCACUGCUUUUGAUGGUGGGCAGUAUUGCUGCUUCUUUAAAGAUGGCCACACCUAUGAAGAAGGCAUCGUGGAUCUGAGGGUGGCAGCUGUAGGCUUGGAUGUGCAAAUUAAUGUUCAGGUUCUCAACACAGAGGGGUUUGUGGUGGAGUGUACCUCAGGAGGGUGGUUCCCACAAGCCCAGAUGGCGUGGAAAGAUAGCAGUGGGAAUGUAAUUCCACAUUCAUCAAAAUCUUACUCUCAGGAUGGAGCUGGAUUAUUACAUUUGAAGAUGACCAUUCUUCUAAAAAAUAACACCCAUGGUCCUGUAACUUGCUGCUUUUACAACCCAGUCACUGGUCAAGAGAAAAGGGCAGGUAUUGUCAUACCAGAUAUCCUGUUCAAAUCAGAGUAUAUGUCAUUGAUGUCACAUAAAAUUUCAUAUCCUUGGAUAUAUUUGAGCAUUGUGGUUGCUCUUCUGUUUCUCAGAAUAAAAGUUGCACAGAAUAUAAGGUGUGUUCAUCUUGUGUUUCAGUGUCUACCUUUCCUGAUGUAUAUUGGCAUUUUGCCUAUCUAUUUGCAAUUCAGGAAAAGAGUCUCUGUUUCAGAUGACCUGUUCUUAUUGUAUAGUAUUUGGACAGAUGAUUUAUGCAUAAUCUUGGGUAUUCUAAUGUUAUUCUUCACCCUACUCACUUUUGUUCUACUUUAUACUCUGAAAGAUUUUGUACAACUACAGACAUCAGGGUUCUCAUCUGAAACAGAGGAGGCUUGAAGACAGUAGAACCAGUGAUGGAAAACAUUGAAGAAAAAGCAUUUGGACCAAAAGUCUGUACUUUUGAGUAAAGUCAAAUAAUUAUCAAUGUAUAGGAAGAAAAUAGAAAUUUAAAGAUUCUCAAUAUAUCUUCAUAGCAAGUUUACAUGAGAAUUACCUAAUUCAAAUGUAAUUGCAUCAAAAUUAGGAUCUCAAUCUAAAGAAAUAUCUAAUAUGUAGAAAAGUAAUAGCAAAUAAACAAAUGUGUCAUAAAAUCUAAAUAUUUCCCUGAAAUAAUGUAAAUAUAUGAAAAUCAGAAAUGUAAAUGACUAAA